CUGCAGCCCCUGCAGCCGAACCCCUGGAUCCCCCAUCCCCUGCCAUCCCUCCGGGGUUCCGGGAGCGUUCCCAGCCCUCAGGAAUUCCCGGUUUUCCCGGUUUUCCCAGGGGGCGUCGGCGCUCUUCGACAUGAUCGAGUACUACGAGUCGGCCACGCACCUCAACAUCUCCCUCAACAAGCACAUCGGCACCCGCGGCUGGCAGGCGGCUGCUCACAUGAUGAGGAAGGCGAGCUGCCUGCAGUGCCUGGAGGCCCGGAACACGCCGCUGCCCGACGCCGCCGCGCCCUUCGUGGCCCGGGCCCUGCGCAUCAGCAGCAGCCUCACCGUCCUCCACCUGGAGAACGCCGCGCUCUCCGGACGGCCCCUCAUGCUCCUGGGUGAGUCCCGGAAUUCCCGGAUUCCCUGGGAUCCGGGGGCGGCAUUCCCGAGUCGGCGGGAAGGGGUUUUACUGGGAAUUGUUGGAGUUUGGUUGUCCCGGGUGGGAUAUCAGGUGAAGAGCUUCAUCGAGACCCAGAAGGCCCUUCUGGCCGAGAUCCAGAACGGCUGCAAGCGGAACUUCAUCCUGGCCAAGGAGAAGGAGGAGCAGGAGCAGCAGCUGCAGCACUCGGCCUCCAUGCCCGAGAUCACCGUCACCGAGCCCCCGCGGGACGAUCCCGACGCCGAGCCGGCCGCGGAAAACCGGGAUGGCGGCGCCCGGGAGGACGCGGAGGACCAGGAGGACGCGGAGGAGGAGGAGGAGGAUGCGGAGGAUGCGGAGGAGGAGGAGGAGGAGGAGGAGGAGGCCCUGGCGGCCGAGGAGAACGGGGGGGACGCUCGGGCGGGCGGGGGGGACGUUUCGGACUCCAGCUCGGACACGGACGAGGACGGGGACACCGAUCCCGGGGACGCGCGGGACCGACACCCCCCUCCGUGCCCGGAGCGGCCACCGGCCCGGCCCUUCCCGACGCCCCUUCCCCGGGAAGCUCCGGCCGCUCCCGACGCCGCGCCGGCCUCGCCGGGCCACCAGAGGAGGAUCUCGGUGUCCAGCCCCGGCAGAGGCCACAAGGUCUUCGUGGUGACGCGCGUGGAGCCCCUGCCCGAGGCGGGGGAAGGAGGCGCCGGGAGCCGUAUCCCGGCCCCUCCGGAGAACGGGGCCGUUCCCGAGGGCNUCCCGCAGCCCCACACGCAGAGCCUGGAGACGCUGAACCUGGGCCACAAUCCCAUCGGGAACGAGGGCGUGCGGAACCUGAAGAACGGGCUCAUCGGGAACCGCUCCGUGCUCCGCCUCGGCCUCGCCUCCACCAAGCUCACCUGCGAGGGGGCGGUGGCGGUGGCCGAGUUCAUCGCCGAGAGCCCGCGGCUGCUGCGCCUGGACCUGCGGGAGAACGAGAUCAAGACGGGCGGGCUCAUGGCCCUGUCCCUCGCCCUCAAGGUCAACCACUCCCUGCUGCGCCUCGACCUCGACCGCGAGCCCAAGAAGGAGUCGCCCCGGAGCCGUAUCCCGGCCCCUCCGGAGAACGGGGCCGUUCCCGAGGGCUCCGAACCGGGAUCGUCCUGCGGGAGCCCGGCCCGGGACACUCCUCUGCUCAACGGGCUCAAGACGGAUUUCGCGCGGGCGCUGCCGGAGGCGGCCUCGGAAAACGACGGGAAAAUCGGGAGCUGCGGCGCCGAGCACGAGCUGAGCUGCUCCAAGGACGAGCAGGAGCUGGAGGAGCUGCUCCUGGAGGCCAGUCGGGAUUCGGGGCAGGAGCCGCUCUGAGCGCAGGUCCUCUCCGGGAUCUCCGGCCUUUUCCCCCUCACAAUUCCCGGAAUUUCAACCGAAUUCCUCGUGGGAGGGGGUGAAAAAAGGGUUCUUUGGGGAAAAAAACGUGGAUUGUUUCCCGGUUUUCCUGCCCCGAGAUUUUGGGAAGGGCAGGAGAGAGCAGGGAACGGAUCCCAAA